UGUUGAGUCAAUCAGUUUCCGAAGAAGGACGUCCUCCUCCUCCCCCUGCUGCUUGCAGGUUUUUUUUUCUCAUGUUUGUCUCCCCGGAGGAAGGGGCGGUCUCUGCGCCGCGGCAGAUCCGGAAUUAGGAGGUGUUCGCUCGGAUCGGUUUGGCUCGGACGUACGGUGGAGAGCUCCGCGGGCGGUUCUGUUCCUCGGCGUUAAACACAUUUAAUAUAAAGAUAAAAUAAAGAAAGAAAGACGUCGGCUAGAGUGGAAUUGUCGACCGAGGGAGGGACCAAUAAUUGUGGCAGAGAAGAGAAUUAUAAAAGAAGAGGAAGAAGAAGAAAGAAAAGUAGUAGAAGAAGAAGAAGAAGAUGCCUCUGGCUCAGUUGGCGGACCCCUGGCAGAAGAUGCCUUUGGGGGGGACACAGGGAGAGGAUGUCCAUCAUGAUCCUGAGGACUCCAUAGGAGAUGACGACUCGAUGCCCGUCUGCACUGACGACGUGCCAAUCAAGGAGAUUAGCAUCACUAAUCAUGUGAAAGAGGGAUCAGAGAAAGGCGACCCGCGGCAGUUCGAGCUGCGCAAAGUCCUCGGGCAGGGAUCCUUCGGCAAGGUGUUUCUGGUGAGGAAGGUCACGGGGCCAGAUGCUGGUCAGCUGUACGCCAUGAAAGUCCUGAAGAAAGCUACACUGAAAGUGCGUGACCGGGUCAGGACCAAGAUGGAAAGAGACAUCCUGGUGGAAGUCAACCACCCCUUUAUCGUCAAACUGCACUACGCGUUUCAGACAGAGGGGAAGCUGUACCUGAUCCUGGACUUCCUGCGAGGAGGAGAUCUGUUCACUCGUCUCUCCAAGGAGGUGAUGUUCACGGAGGAAGACGUGAAGUUUUACCUGGCGGAGCUCGCUCUCGCCCUUGAUCACCUUCACAGCCUCGGCAUCAUCUACAGAGACCUGAAACCAGAAAACAUCCUGCUUGAUGAAGAGGGACACAUCAAGCUGACUGACUUUGGCCUGAGUAAGGAGUCAAUAGAUCACGAGAACAAGGCGUACUCCUUUUGUGGGACGGUGGAGUACAUGGCCCCCGAGGUGGUGAACCGGCGAGGACACACACACAGCGCCGACUGGUGGUCGUACGGCGUGCUCAUGUUCGAGAUGCUGACUGGAACACUGCCCUUUCAAGGAAAAGACCGGAAAGAGACGAUGACCAUGAUCCUCAAAGCCAAGUUGGGAAUGCCUCAGUUUUUGAGUUCAGAAGCUCAGAGUCUCCUCAGGAACCUUUUCAAACGCAACCCUGGGAACAGAUUAGGAGCUGGACCAGACGGAGUUGAGGAGAUAAAGAGACAUCACUUCUUCAGCACCAUCGACUGGAACAAACUCUUCCGCAGAGAGAUCCCUCCGCCCUUCAAACCGGCUUCAGGUCGACCUGACGACACUUUCUAUUUCGAUCCAGAGUUCACAGCUAAAACACCCCGAGACUCUCCGGGUGUUCCUCCCAGCGCCAACGCCCAUCAACUGUUCAGAGGAUUCAGUUUUGUGGCAAUAACAGAAGAGGACACACAACCACUACCCAGCAAUAUUGUACAGCUGCACAGAAGCACAUCUCAGUUUUCAGACGCCUACGAGAUAAAAGAGGACAUCGGUGUGGGCUCGUACUCCAUCUGCAAACGCGCCGUGCACAAAGGCACCGGCAUGGAGUACGCAGUGAAGAUCAUUAAUAAGGCAAAAAGAGACCCGACCGAGGAGGUGGAGAUCCUGCUGAGAUACGGACAACAUCCCAACAUCAUCACACUCAAAGAUGUGUAUGACGACGGCCGCUCGGUGUUUCUGGUGACGGAGCUGAUGAAAGGAGGCGAGCUGCUCGAUAAAAUCCUGCGGCAGAAGUUUUUCUCCGAGAGAGAAGCCAGCGCCGUCCUGUACACCAUCACCAAGACGCUCGAGUACCUGCAUGUGCAGGGGGUGGUGCACAGAGACCUGAAGCCCAGUAACAUCCUGUACGUGGACGAGAGCGGGAACGCCGAGUCCAUCAGGAUCUGCGACUUCGGAUUCGCCAAACAGCUGCGAGCGGAGAACGGUCUUCUGAUGACGCCGUGCUACACUGCCAACUUCGUCGCUCCUGAGGUAUUGAAGAAGCAGGGUUACGAUGCAGCCUGUGACAUCUGGAGUCUGGGAGUUCUGCUCUACACUAUGCUAACAGGGUUUACGCCCUUUGCUAACGGUCCUGAGGACACGCCGGAGGAGAUUUUGGCUCGUAUCGGCAGCGGGAAGUUUUCCCUCACUGGAGGAUACUGGAACUCUGUCUCUGCCGAGGCUAAGGACCUGGUGUCUAAGAUGCUGCACGUGGACCCUCACCGGCGGCUGACAGCGGGUCAGGUGCUGCGACACCCCUGGGUGACUCACCGGGACCAGCUGCCCAAAUACACCCUUAACCGACAGGACGCACCACACCUGGUCAAGGGUGCGAUGGCGGCGACGUACUCGGCGCUGAACAGGAACGUCCCCCCGGUGUUGGAGCCAGUGGGCUGUUCCACCCUGGCCCAGAGGAGGGGGAUGAAGAAGAUCACCUCCACCGCUCUGUGACCUUUGACCUCCAACCCCUUUCAACUCUGACCUCCACCGGACCUUCAUCCUCCUCCUCCUCCUGCUCCUCUUCCUCCCUCUGGUCCGGGGGACAGACUACUGAUGGACCCAGGAGCCGCUAACGCCAAAUAGAAACAGAGACCACCGCCCCUCGCUGCCGACCCUGCCCGCUGUCCUGCACCUUAACGGACUCUUGUGAUUGGCCGGUUAUGUCUCAGCUCGAGAAAUAAUCCGUUCAUGUUUUUGCUUCGGACAAUCAGCGCAGACCCGGAGAGGGAGCCCGCGCGAGGAGAAUAAAAGUACUGUAUUUAUUUACUUCAAACGGGAACAUAGGAAGAUCUAAUGUAUGCAUCUAAAGAGCUAGGAUGGUCAUUAUACUGUUGUUAGGGUUCUGCGUAGCUGCAGAGCCUGUAUUUAAACCUCAAGAAGCCUCUGACAUCACGGCGACUACGGAGAAGGACAUGAACAAGAUGUUGCUUUCAAGAUUUACCUGCAGAAAUGGAAAUAUUAAAACAUAGGAAAAGGGAUACUCGCUGAGACUGGUACAUUUGCAAGAUAAAUAAAUCAGGAAUGUGCAAGAUGAAGAAAUGUAAUAUAUUUGAAAUAUUCAGAUUUACUCCAAGACUCCUGAAAUAUUAUCCGACAAUAAGAGCUAAUUUGCAAAACAAAAUCUAAUAUAUGCAAGGAAAAAAUCAAAAGCUGUCUGAGAAAAAUAACCCCAAAUAUUCAAAUAAUAAUAAUAAAGUGGGAAAUUGACAAGAAAUAACUUCAAAUAUUGUAAGAAAAAGACUGAAGUAUUUAAAUUUACCAAAAAAACACACAAUGCAGAAGAAAAUCUGAAAAAAUGAUAAGAGAUUUAAGUCAAACCUGUUUAUGGAAAUGUAAAUGAAAUAAAAUAACGCGAGAAAAGCUUCUUGCUUCCAAAAACAUGUUAGACACUCCCCCCCGGAGUGUCCUUCCUCUGUACGAGCCGACCGAUGGAGAGCUGAACUGUAAAUAUAAAUACGUACGAGCAACUCAGGUUUCUACGAAUCAAGAAAAUGCAUUUUUUUUAUAUGUCCAGGAGGAGAGAGGUGUACGUAGAAUAAAAUAAGAUAAGCACACAGAUGUAUGAGGCAUUUGUGAAACAUGCAGAAAAGUUUCACUCCGAAAACCUGACGCAUUUUGUCUUUCCGUUACAGAUUUAUUUUAGCUUUAGACGUCUGGAUUUUGGAGUGAAACUCUUCCUGAGGCAUCUUUUCUUCAUGUAACCGGGAUGUUUCUGUCGGUUUUAAACUCAAAGUGUAGCAGAAAAAACUAUCCGCAGCUGGUGCAUUUUAAAACAUUUGUAUUCCAGCUCAAACGCUAACUUGGAGGUUCAUCAGUGAAUACAUUAAAGGGUUAGUUCACCCAUACGUUUCCUUCUUAAUAGACCGCUGAUUCAUCAAUUCAAGUUAUUAUUAUGCCCCUGGAACACUUGAAACUACAUUCCCCACAAUGCAAUGGGGGGAAAAGCUUUUAUUUGAUUGAUAUUUUGCUAAUUUCCCUAUCAUUUCGACAGAGUUUCCCAGGUAUAACAACAUAAUGCAGUACAAACUCUGUUCCAAAUCAAUUCAAUAUGUAUUAUAUGAAUCUUUAUUUCCACACGUAUUGAGUUAUUUCAUGCCCGGUGACACAUUUCACAGCUGACACUAGAAAUAUAUUUAUUUCAAUACAGUUUCCCUACAACUGAAACCAAAUGCAUUCUUCUUUUUGGGAAACUUUGCAGAAAUGAUAUGAACUCCUCAACCGGUAAAUGGUGAACUGGCCCUUUAUUUACAACACAAAUUAGAAUGAGAAUCUCUUACUAUUUUUAAAUAUAAUCUGGAAAUGAUGUGAGACCUGUGUGUGAUAUAAAGGUGCGCCUGUGUGUUUCUCUGCUGCAAAAAACAAACAGAUUGAAGACAAUCAGCGAGCACGAAACAAAGCCCCCCCUGCAUCCGUCAGAAAUACUGUAUCUUUCUGUGAAUGAUCUAAAACACUUCUUCCUCCCCGUGCUCAUCUGAAUGUCCGUCAACGUAAAAAGGGAUCUAUAGAUUUUUUUGUUGUUUUAUAUAUAAUAUGAAAUAUAUAAAUGUUGUUUGCCUCGUCUUUCGUUGUACAGCUCUGGGAUAAAGGAAUGUAAAAGGAUUUGUUUUCUGUAAUUAUGAACUGGGGAAUAGCUUUCUUCUCCUUCUCCUUCUUCUCCUUCUUCUCCUUCUUCUCCUUCUUCUUCUCCUUCUUCUCCUCCUCCUCCUCCUCCUUCUGUCAGUGUUCAGCCUGCUGCUUCUCCAGCUCUCUGUUUUUGUACCUGCAGCGAGAGUUGGACUUUCUAUUAAAAACAAUAAAAAGGAUAAUCAGCUGAUCACG